CCCGUACAUCUGACGACUGUUGUUGAUCAGCUUAUCUAACCUCCUCAAUUUACUACACCCAAAGUAUUAUUGGUACAAAUUUUCUCAUUCUUUGACCUGUCUGGUAAAGGUACUGGUCAAGAAAAGCAUACACAGGUAUCAAAUGCAGCUAAAAAGAUUUUAAAUAUUAGGUAAAAUGUAUAAUCACCUCAAUUAUGUUACAGUACCGAAUCAGAACAGAUUUGGAGACCUGGUAGGAUCUAUGGGUAUGCAGCCUCGACCUGUGUCUAAUGGGGAGCCUGUCAAUGUCUCACCUGUAACAUAUGAGGGCAAGAGGAAGCAGAACUUGGACAAGAAAGCGCUGGAGCUAGAAAGUUGUACACAACAGUUACAGGAGCAGAUGAAGGCUGAGGAACAGGCAAAACAGGAUAAACAGAAAUUACUUCAGAAGUCGGUGUGCCAGGACAAGUCUGAGUCAGACUGUGGUGAAGCACCCCUUCAAAUACCAUGCCAGGACAAUACUGACUGUGGUGAAGCACCCCUUCAAAUACCAUGCCAGGACAAUACUAACUGUGGUGAAGCACCCCUUUCAAUACCCAACAAAGGAAAAAAGGGAUCAAAGAAACCUGACCGCUUUUGUGUCUACUGCAAGGAAAUAGUAAAAAAUGGGAAGUUAAAGCGACAUAUCACAAGAAAUCAUGCAAAAAUCCCAGAAGUCGAGAACAUAUUGAAGAAAGGUAUACCGGUAGAAAUACAGAAUCAGUUCUUUAAUGAAAAGAGGAAGGAAGGAAUAUCAGAGUACAAUUUGAAUUUAAUCUCUGAAAAUAAGGAUCCAGCAAUGAGAGAAAGAAAGCCAGUCUUUGAAGAUAAACUCAGAACAUGUGCUGAGUGUAAAGGUUACUAUUCAAAUAAGUACUUUUACAAACACAAAUGCAAAAGUAGUCACCCUACUGCAAUCAAACCGAUCUUACUUCAGAAAGUGAAUAAAACCAAAAUGGAUUGUGACAAGGAAUUCCAAGAUAUUCUUAAUAGAUUUGUAGAUGGACAGGCUGGUGAUCUCAUACGUAAAAAUACAGAAAUACAGAUUAUAGGGUACAAGCAUUUCAAUAUGAGGAAACAUGAAGAAGGAAAGGCUGAUGAAGUAAGAAAAGUAGUAAUGUCUGAUAUGAGAGAACUUGCAAGACUUUUUUUGAAAUUUCAAGAAAUUACUGGGGAAGAAAAGACAUUUGAAGAUAUGUUUAAGAGGGAACACUUGCAGGACCUUGCUGAAGCAAUCCAGAAAAUGGUCACAAAAUCUGACAAGACAGAGAAGCAUGGACUAAAAUUACUGUUGGAUGCAAUUAUUCUCCGCUCAAUUAAAACUCUAAUGGGAUACUUCUCCGAAACUAUGCAGGAUGAAAAAAAGAAAGAACUCAAGGCGUAUCUGGAAGCGUACAAGUACAAAUCUAGUGAACUUUUCCCACAGGCUAGACAAGCGUGUGUCAAGCAGUCAAUACAAAAAUCAAGAAGACCUGCAAAUCUGCCCUGUGAGAUGGAUCUGCGAAAACUGCAAGAUCACAUUCAACAUAACAUUGAAAAGAUUGUGAACAAUUAUGAAUUGAAGGACUACAAAUAUUUAAGAACAUUAGUAGUGUCAAGGUUAACAUUGUUUAAUGCUAGACGAGGUGAGGAGUCCCCUCGCAUGCUGUUAAGUGAAUGGGAUGCUGCUGAAAAGAAUGUUUGGCUUCCAGAGGAGCAGAUAGAGAAAAUCAGCGAUGAGGCAGAGAAAUUUCUGGUGGGACAAUAUAAACUUUGUUACAUUUUAGGAAAGGGGAAGAAGUUUGUACCAGUUUUGAUCCCGAAUGAUAUUGUUCCUGGUAUUAGAUUGCUUGUGAAGGAUAGGGCCAACUAUAACAUACCUGAGAGCAACAAUUUUGUGUUUGCAACUGCAAAGGGAACUUCACAUUGCUCAGGGUGGCAUGCACUGAGUGAAGUUUGUGAUGCAGCUGGGGUGAAAAUACCAAUUACUGCUACAGGAAUGCGACACAGGCUGUCUACAAUCUAUGCUUCUCUCAACAUGCCAGCACAACAGCAGAAGAUCUUCCUGGAGCAUAUGGGUCAUGAGCAACACAUCAAUGAGGACAACUACCAAUGUCCUCGCGGGGUCCAAGCAGUGAAGGUGAUGGGGAAGAUCUUGAAGACUAUAGAGCAAGGUUCUUUUGCCACCGUCCCUGAUGAUGUAGCUACAGAUGUUGAGCAAACUUCAAACUUCCAUAAACCUAUAGUCAAAGAUCAAAGUAAUGGUACAGGUAAUGCCAGUGACGAAGACGAAGACCCACCAAUGAAACAGAGGCGAAUAUCAGGUAAAUGUUUGGCAUUACCUAGAUGUCCAACUGUCUUUUCUAUUUUUCUUAAACAUUCUGUUCAAAAGAUGCAUCUUUUUUUGAACCAAUUGUUUUCUAAUAAGUAAAUUAAUACCGUCCAU